AGAUAUCAUGCAGCGCUCUUCAGGAGAAAACCUCAUUACCAUUAAUGUACAUCCAGGACUUCACAGUACAGAUCUGUCAUAUAAUCCUCCUAAUUAUGAGGAACCUUCUCCUGACCGAUCACAGAUUGUUACCGCAAGUACAAGUCAGAAAAGGAUUAAAAGGUUUCAUUUUGGUAAAGAAUCCACAAACCACUCAGGACUUUCUACACACCAAAGACGUCACAAAGGAGAGAAAAUGUAUUCAUGUUCAGAAUGUAGGAAAUGUUUCACACAGAAAUCACAUCUUGUUAUUCAUGAGAGAAGUCACACAGGAGAGAAGCUAUUUUCGUGUUCAGAAUGUGGGAAAUGUUUUACACAGAAAUCAAAUCUUGUUACACAUCAGAGAUGUCACACAGGAGAGAAAGCAUAUACAUGUAGAGAAUGUGGGAAAUGUUUUAAACACAAAUCACAUCUUGUUAAACAUGAGAUAAUUCACACUGGGGAAAAGCCGUAUUCAUGUUCAGAAUGUGGGAAAUGUUUCACACGCAAAUCAAAUCUUGUUACACAUGAGAGAAGUCACACAGGAGAGAAAUCAUAUACAUGUUCAGAAUGUGGGAAAAGUUUUACAGAUAAAUCAAAUCUUGUUCAACAUGAGAGAAUUCACACUGGGGAAAAGCCUUAUUCAUGUUCAGAAUGUGGUAAAUGUUUUACAGUGAAAUCAAAUCUUGUUAAGCAUGAAAGAAUUCACACUGGGGAAAAGCCGUAUUCAUGUUCAGAAUGUGGGAAAUGCUUUACUGAGAAACCACAUCUUGUUAGACAUAAGAGAAGACACACAGGAGUGAAACCAUAUUCAUGUUCAGAAUGUGAGAAAUGUUUUACAGAUAAAUCAGAUCUUGUUAAACAUGAGAGAUAUCACACAGGAGAGAAGCCAUAUUCAUGUUCAGAAUGUGGUAAAUGUUUUACACAGAAAUCAAAUCUUGUUAAACACCAGAAAUGUCAUACAGGAGAGAAACCAUAUUCAUGUUCAGAAUGUGGAAAAUGUUUUACAGAUAAAUCAGAUCUUGUUAAACAUGAGAGAUAUCACACAGGAGAGAAGCCAUAUUCAUGUUCAGAAUGUGGGAAAAAUUUUACACAGAAAUCAAAUCUUGUUAAACAUGAGAGAAUUCACACAGGAGAGAAGCCAUAUUCGUGUUUAGAAUGUGGCAAACUUUUUUCAGAUAAAUCAAGACUUUCUACACACCGAAGACGUCACAAAGGAGAGAAAAUGUAUUCAUGUUCAGAAUGUGGGAAAUGUUUCACACGGAAAUCACAUCUUGUUAUUCAUGAGAGAAGUCACACAGGAGAGAAGCUAUAUUCGUGUUCAGAAUGUGGGAAAUGUUUUACACAGAAAUCAAAUCUUGUUACACAUCAGAGAUGUCACACAGAAGAGAAAGCAUAUACAUGUUCAGAAUGUGGGAAAUGUUUUAGACAUAAAUCACAUCUUGUUAAACAUGAGAAAAUUCACACUGGGGAAAAGCCAUAUUCAUGUUCAGAAUGUGGGAAAUGUUUUACACAGAAAUCAAAUCUUGUUAAACAUGAGAAAAUUCACACUGGGGAAAAGCCGUAUUCAUGUUCAGAAUGUGGGAAAUGUUUCACACGCAAAUCACAUCUUUUUAGACAUGAGAGAUGUCACACAGGAGAGAAACCAUAUUCAUGUUCAGAAUGUGAGAAAUGUUUUACACUGAAAUCAAAUCUUGUUACACAUGAGAGAUGUCACACAGGAGAGAAAUCAUAUAUAUGUUCAGAAUGUGGAAAAUGUUUUACAGAGAAAUCAAAUCUUGUUAAACAUGAGAGAAUUCACACUGGGGAAAAGCCAUAUUCAUGUUCAGAAUGUGGGAAAUGUUUUACAGAGAAAUCAAAUCUUGUUAAACAUGAGAGAAUUCACACUGGGGAAAAGCCGUAUUCAUGUUCAGAAUGUGGGAAAUGUUUUACAGAGAAACCACAUCUUGUUAGACAUGAGAGAAGACACACAGGAGAGAAACCAUAUUCAUGUUCAGAAUGUGGGAAAUCAAUUAACAGGAAAUCGCAUUUUGUUAUGCAUGAGAGAGUUCACACAGGAGAGAAACCAUAUUCAUGUUUAGAAUGUGGGAAAUGUUUUACACAGAAAUCAAGCCUUGUUAUACAUCAGAGAAAUCACACAGGAGAGAAACCAUAUUCAUGUUCAGAAUGUGGGAAAUGCUUUACCCAGAAAGUAAGUCUUGUUACACAUAAGAGAUGUCACACAGGAGAGAAGCCAUAUUCGUGUUCAGAAUGUGGGAAAUGUUUUACGGAUAAAUCAGGCCUUGUUAAACAUGAGAGAAGUCACACAGGAGAGAGGCCAUAUUCCUGUUUAGAAUGUGGGAAAUGUUUUUCCCAGAAAUCAUGUCUUGUUAUACAUGAGAGAAGUCACACAAGAGAGAAGAAAUUUUUGUGCUCAGAGUGUGAGAAAUGUUUUACUACUAAAGCCAAAUUUAAGAAGCAUCAAAGAAGUCACACAGGAUAGAAGCCAUUUUGAUGUUUUAUAUGUUGACAAUGUUUUAAAAGGAAAUCAAAGUCUAAAACUCAUCAGAUCAGAAGAAAUGCUUCAUUUUUUGGACUAUAGAAAAUACUAUAAGUUUAAAAAAAAUGUUACACCCAUGUUAUUCAGAGAUAGGUAAAUAACUGGCUACAUGGCAACAUGUAUAGCAUGCCAGCAAAUCUUAGAAGUCUUGCUGUUGUGUAGCUAUUUUACAGCUGAGAUUUUGCUGUAACAAGAAAUCGGCCUAAUUGGCACAUGACUUGCAUUGUGUUCUAUGAUGACAAAGACGCAUAUGACCUGCAACCAUAUUUCCAAAUGUUGGCUUUUAUGUGACUGUUAUGGCAUAACACAGAGGUGUGGUUAGACUUUCCUGCACCCGUUAUGCUCACCGUUGUGCCCAUUAGCAGUAAUUUUGGCCACCUUUGUGCCCCCUCACAGUAGUUGUGUCCUCCCUGUGCCCCCCUUUAGCCACUAGUGCCCUCUCCAGCUCCAUGAAAAAAAAAUACAAAUACUUACCUGCUUCUCUGAUGAUCGGCACAUCCAUCCGAUGGAGAUUAGUUGAGUGGUGAAGCAGGGAGCAAAUGGCUCCCUGCUUCACUAUGUAAAGGAACUGUCCAGAGGCUGCACAUGUACAUUCCUGCGGUUUAAUGGUAAACCUAUUCUAGAUACUGGAGUUGAAUAAUAUGUCGGUGGUUGGAAUCGCUGGUGAUGUCACAUCUGUUAAUUAAAGGGGUUGUCCAAAUUAUUUUUAUUGAUUACCUAUUCUCAGGGAUCGCAGUAACUUCAAACUAAUUAUUGCUUGUCGUUCGAUUGCUCACUGCUGUUGCACUACUUGAUAAUUGAUCACUUAAUUGAUUUAACAAUUUUUUUAAUGACUCGUGUAAAUGGCCUUAAGUAAUUACAAUUUUAAAAUCAGAUGAAUAUGUUUAUUGGCGAAAACUGUGCAAUAGAAAGGAGGCUUUAUUACCUGUCUCUAGCCUGAAUACAAGAUGAGAUACAGCCUCUAGUCUGAAUACAAGAUGAGAUACAGCCUCUAGUCUGAAUA